CCCUCUACCUUCUCUUUCACUCUCACAUUCUCAGUUUCUCAAAAAAAUCCCUAAUUUCACUCCUAUCUAACCCGAUCAGAGUAAACACCGCUGCCAUCGUCAGCCCCCAGCCUCCUGCACAUCGUGAAGCCCCACCAGCCACCGUCAGCCCCCCAGCCGCCGCCACUCUUUUCCUCCUCGUCGUCUCUGUGCUCGUCGUGAAGCCUGCCUCAUUCAUCGUCGUCGUCGGAAGUGACAGAGGGUGUCGUCGUCGUCGUCCUCCUCGAUCCUCUUCUCCUCUACGUGACGCGAACGGUUGCUCGAUCCUCUUCAAGCGCGUCCUCUCCUCCGUGAAUCUCUGCCCGGAGCCUCGCCGGGGAAUCUCUGCUCGGGGCCUCGCCAUCGCAAACUGAUCCUCUUCCGAGCUCACUCUGUCACCUCCGUUCCUCUCUGGCCGUGUCUCCGCUUCAGGAGUUUUCGAACGAAUUGGGAAUUUCAGCUUGAUUUCAGCCCCGGACAAAAUCACACUACACCAAUGACUGUGUCGAAGAAGAAUUACAAAGAGAAACCUAUACGUCGCAAGGAAGAGAAACCAGAAGAACCAGAAACACCAAAAUAUAGAGAUCGUGCUAAAGAGCGUAGAGAAGAUCAAAAUCCUGAUUAUGAACCUACAGAGCUGGCAUUUCACGCUGUUGCUCCUCCUGGUACUGUAGAUUUAAGGUCAGCUGAUGCACACAAAUUAUCCAUCGAGAAGAGCAAGUACCUUGGAGGUGAUGUGGAGCACACACAUUUGGUCAAAGGUUUAGAUUAUGCAUUGCUGAACAAAGUUAGAAGCGAGAUUGACAAGAAGCCAGAUGCUGUGGAUGAUCUUGAUGGGAAACCUAGAGCAUCUAAGGAAGACCAACAAGUCUCAAUUCGCACAUCAACUGCAAAGUCAGUUUAUCAGUGGAUAGUGAAGCCUCAGACCAUCAUAAAGACAAAUGAAAUGUUCUUUCCAGGUCGAAUGACAUUUAUUUUUAACAUGGAGAGUGGAUAUUCUCAUGAUAUUCCAACGACCUUGCACCGUAGUAAGGCUGAUUGUCCAGUACCGGAGGAAAUGGUUACAGUUAGCGUUGAUGGAUCUGUUCUAGAUCGGAUUGCUAAAAUAAUGUCAUAUCUUCGUCUUGGCUCUUCUGGGAAGGUUUUGAAGAAGAAAAAGAAGGAAAAAGAUGCAAAAGGAAAGAAUUUGGCUGUUGGUAAUGGAUAUGAUGAAGAGAAUUCAUCAAAGGUUGAAGGUGGGAGGGUAAAGAAUCAAACUGAAAGAGAGUUCAUCCCACCACCACCACCUCCAUCGAAGAAAAGUCAUGCUAAUUCAGGAGAGAAACAAGGCCCAGCUGUUGCUAGAGAAGAAGAAGAUGACAUUUUUGUUGGUGAGGGUGUGGCGUAUGACGUACCUGGCAAAGACUUGAGCCAAAGUCCUCUCUCUGAGGACAUGGAAGAGUCUCCUAGGAACAAGGACAAACCUUCAUAUUUUGCUGAACCUACUUAUGGUCCUGUGCCACCUGCUGCACUCCCUCAAGCAUGGCAAGAAUCGAAUGAAUAUGAUAUGCAAACACAAGCCUUGGCUGGUGGCUACCAAGGAGAGUGGCAGGAGUACCAGUAUGCUGAACAGCUGGCUUACCCUGAUCAAUACCUUCAGCAAGAUAUGCAGACUUAUGAUUUGCAAGCGGGUUUAGAUAUGCCACAAGAUCCGCGUUUUAUGACACAAGAAGAGAAAGAUCGAGGUUUGGGAUCAGUGUUUAAGCGAGAUGAUCAGAGACUUCAACAACUGAGGGAGAAAGAUGCCCGAGAAAAAGACCCCAAUUUCAUUUCUGAGAGUUAUUCUGAAUGUUACCCAGGGUAUCAAGAAUAUAACCGUGAAAUAGUGGAUAGUGAUGAUGAAGAUGACUUGUCCAAAAUGGAUAUGGGUGGGAGGGCAAAGGGUCGACUUCAUCGGUGGGACUUUGAGACCGAAGAGGAAUGGGCCACUUACAAUGAGCAGAAGGAAGCAAUGCCAAAGGCUGCAUUCCAGUUUGGUGUGAAGAUGCAAGAUGGCCGGAAGACGCGGAAGCAGAACAAGGACCAGAAGCUCAAUAACGAACUGCACAAGAUCAAUAAGAUACUUGCCAGAAAGAAGAUGGAAAAGGAUAUGGAUGGUGACGAUGGGGGCUCCCACUAUGAUGAUGAGGUACAACCUGGAAAGAAGCUUCGAAUUUGAACGAGUCUCCUAUGUCCUUAUAGCUAUUAAAUUAACAUUAUUGUACAUGUUAUUAUUUCAUUCCGUAAAUAUAAUAACUCUUGCGUUAUUAUAUUUAAUCCACGAUAUGUCCUUAUAUAUCAACAUAGUACGCUAAUUGAUUGUGUCUAAUAAAAAAUUAGACUAAUUAAUUUUCACUUUAAAAA